AUGGAACCUUCUCCUGCUGCUGCUGCUGCUGCUUCAUUGUCCAGAAUGGAUCGAACUUGCCUGGAGAGAGAAGGAAGAAUGCGUUUGCGGCAACUCUUUUCUCACCUCCAUUCCCUCCUUCCUCCUCAACCAACCAAGAUGUCGGAUCACCAAGUGUUAGAACAAACAACCAUAUACGUGACGCAGCUGCGGAAUAGAGUGGAAGAACUGAAGCAAAUGAAGUGGAGACUAGGAGAGAAGCACCGCAAAGGCGAAAGAAGUUCAAGUUGGAUAUCCCCUCCAGUUAUGAGUAUAAUAGAUUUGGAUGCAACACUGGAAGUAAAUCUGAUAUUGGAGUGGAAAGGAAAGUCCCAAUUAUCCCACGUUAUCAAAAUCCUCAUGGAAGAAGGAGCACAAGUUGUCAGAGCUGCUGCAAACUUCACUGCCGGGGAUAGGAUCAUAUAUUCAAUUCAUUGUCAGCCAAUCAGUCCUAGAAUUGGCAUCGCAACCUCAAGAGUUCAGCAGAGAUUGGAGAAGUUGGUUUAUUGAAGCAAACUAAGGACUAAGAAGAGAAAAUUUGUGUAUUUCUACGGUGUUGGUAGUGAUUUUUAGUGUCAUAAUUAUAAGAAAAAUGUUUAUUUUAAUACGUUAGUGGUUUAUUUAUAUAAA